AUGUCGACCCGCUCGAGCUGCGCGACCAAGAUGCUCAAGGCGGUCCCGAGCGCACGCUCGUUCGCCUCUACGAGCCAGGCCUGCCUCCCACCCAAGCUGUCGAGCAAGGCGUCGCUCUAUGCCAAGAACAAGAAGAACAACUCUGCAGACGAGGACGGCGCAGGGUCCGGCGCAGGUGUCGGCAACGUCCUGUCCGAGGUCACUCUGCCCCGACCAGACCUCAGCGGCCUCAAGGCGAUGCACCCGGAGGACCUGGCCAAGGACACGGUUGGGCAGGUGCGCGCGUUCCCGGGACCUGCGCUCGAGGCCUUCAAGGCGUUGAGCAUGCCGACCUCGAUCAAGCGCGAGCACGCCUUCACGUCCAAGCCGGCGACGGUCGUGCGGGACGCGACGCUUAAGAUGGCGCGGACGCUGGACGAGGGCAAGAAGGUGGCGAGUCGGGAAGCGCGGUACUUCCUCACUGGCGACAAGGGCACGGGCAAGAGCUCGCUCCUCCUGCAGGCCGUGUCGUACGCCCAGUCGACCGACUGGAUCGUCCUGUACCUCCCCUCUGCCCUCCCGCUCGUCAACUCGUCCACGCCCCACACCUACUCGCAGCAGCGCGCCCUCUUUGAGCAGCCUGCGCUCGCAUCCGCCCUCCUGUCCAAGUUCGCGGCCGCCAACAAGGCCGCGUUCAAGCAGCUCCAGACGACCAAGGAGCACGCGUUCGGCGACAGCAAGAAGGUCGCGCAGGGCAAGACGCUCGAGGACUUGGCCAAGGCGGCAGGAGGCGACGACAAGCUUACGACGGCCGUCUUCGAGGCCGUCAUGGAGGAGCUCGCGGCGCAGAACCAGCGCCCGGUCCUCCUCGCGAUCGACGACGCGCAGCCCCUGUUUGCGACGAGCAAGUACGCCAACGGCACCAUCCUCCUGUCCGCCUCGUCCCUUGCCGUCUCUUCCUCCCCCGCCCUCGACGCCUUCCUCACCUCGACCGCCUCGACCCCGUCCUCCUCGUCCUCGUCGCGCGCACGCCCGCUCCCCUCGGCGUACGACACGGCGCGCGCCUCGUCGUUCGACACGUACUCGGCCGUCCUGAGCGGCCUCGAGCGCUUCGAGCUCCCGCCGCGGCUCAGCCGCAAGGAGGCCGUCGGCAUCGUCGAGCUGCUGCGGGGCUGGAGGGGCACUCGCGAGUUCGUCGACGACAAGUCGUUCCUCGAGAAGCUCGUCGCCGCCGAUGGCAACCCGCGCGAGUUUGCGCGCGUUAUGACCAAGACGGCGGCGUUGUAG